UUCCAUUCCGCACUCUGGGCAAAGGCACGGGCUAGACGGACAGUCUCCCCACGCUCCCCGACAACGCGCAUGGGCGAGCCCGGACCCACCCGAGGGGCAACCGCCGCGACUUCCGGUUCCGAUGACAGCGGCGCCGGAAGCCGGCUGGGCUGCAGGACUAGGUGACAGCCGCCCGGCUCCGGGUCCCGGGGUGCGGGGCGCCCCGACCAAAGCCCGGAGCAGUCGUCGGCCACACCUUCCAAGGGCUGGUGGAGUCGCCCCGACUCAGACGUCCCAUCUUAGUGCACCCGACUGGGUCAGAGAGGCCACCAUGGAACAGUGUGCAUGCGUGGAGAGGGAGCUCGACAAAGUCCUGCACAAGUUCCUGACCUACGGGCAACACUGCGAGCAGAGUCUGGAGGAGCUGCUGCACUACGUGGGUCAGCUGAGGACUGAGCUGGCCAGUGCCGCUCUCCAGGGGACCCCUCUCUCAGCCACCCUCUCCCUUGUAAUGUCCCAGUGCUGUCGGAAGAUCAAAGACACAGUCCAGAAACUGGCGUCAGACCACAAGGACAUUCACAGCAGCGUCUCCCGAGUGGGCAAAGCCAUUGACAGGAACUUUGACUCUGAGAUCUGCGGUGUAGUCUCGGAUGCCGUGUGGGACUCCCGUGAGAAGCAGCAGCAGAUCCUGCAGAUGGCCAUUGUGGAGCACCUGUACCAGCAAGGCAUGCUCAGCGUAGCUGAGGAGUUGUGCCAGGAAUCAACAUUGAAUGUGGACCUGGACUUCAAGCAGCCCUUCUUGGAGUUGAAUCGGAUCUUGGAAGCUCUACAUGAGCAAGACCUGGGACCUGCACUGGAAUGGGCUGUAUCCCAUCGGCAGCGCCUGCUGGAGCUCAACAGCUCACUGGAGUUCAAGCUGCACCGGCUGCACUUUAUCCGCCUUCUAGCUGGUGGCCCUGAGAAGCAGCUGGAGGCCCUCAGCUAUGCCCGGCACUUCCAGCCCUUUGCUCGGCUGCACCAGAGAGAGAUCCAGGUGAUGAUGGGCAGCCUGGUGUACCUGCGGCUGGGCUUGGAGAAGUCACCCUACUGCCACCUCCUAGACAACAGCCACUGGGCGGAGAUCUGUGAGACCUUUACUCGGGAUGCAUGUUCCCUGCUGGGGCUUUCAGUGGAGUCCCCACUUAGUGUCAGCUUUGCCUCUGGCUGUGUGGCGCUGCCAGUGCUGAUGAACAUCAAAGCUGUCAUCGAACAGAGGCAGUGCACUGGCGUGUGGAGUCACAAGGAUGAGCUGCCGGUAAGGCCUGGCUGGGAGGGACCCCCAGAGGCAGGUGCUGGGGUACACCGCUCAGACAGGAAGUGGCACUCAGCCUUUUGCUGGCCUCCUCAGAUUGAGAUCGAGUUGGGCAUGAAGUGCUGGUAUCACUCCGUGUUUGCAUGUCCCAUCCUGCGACAGCAGACCUCAGAUUCCAACCCUCCCAUCAAGCUCAUCUGUGGCCAUGUCAUCUCCCGAGAUGCACUCAACAAGCUCAUCAAUGGAGGAAAGCUCAAGUGUCCCUACUGUCCUAUGGAGCAGAAUCCAGCAGAUGGGAAACGGAUCAUAUUCUGAUUGCAAGGAGCCUUUUGCUGGAAGGUGUUAAUCCACCCAUGGGCCUUGGUCUGCCGUGGUGGAGGGACUGGCUUCAGUGGAUUGUGAUGCCUCUCAGACCAGCACUACCAAGAGGCCUGGCCUGCCCAGGCAGAGGCCAAGGAAGGCCGUGAACCAGCCUACACUUCUUGGCUGCAAGGGGGACUGGUGCUGUGUUCCUGCUGUCUUCCUGUUUACACUUGCCCCUGACUGAGCAGCAAAGGCUUGGGCUAUCAAAAGCAGACAUCUUUCUAUUCCUGCCCUCAAACCAGGGGGGUCCAGCUGUGGUCCACCUCCUACUGUACAGCCAACUGUAUGUAUCUAUUCUCUACUGUAAAUAGCCCGUUAGAACUGGAUGCGGUUUUGUAACUUUGAACAAAUAUAUUCACAGCCCUUCUCCUUA